ACUGCUGCACACACAUAUCAUCGCAUCGGGGAGAAACGCAGGAUUUCCUGUGGUGUUGCUGAACUGGAUACAUUCAAGUUUUAGAUUCGCAGAAGUAUCUAGCCCAAUUUUAACCUCCAUCGAUUUAAUGUCUUAAUCAAAACCAUCUCAUUCGUACGUGCCAUAGACUACACCUCGACGUUGUUAGUCUGAAAAAAGUCGUCAAAAAUGUCCGAACCCACAGUGGCCGAUACUCGCCGGUUAAACUCCAAGCCGCAGGACCUGACGGACGCCUACGGCCCUCCCAGCAACUUUCUGGAAAUCGACGUGUACGACCCGCAGACUAUAGGAGUCGGCCGCAAUCGCUUCACCACCUAUGAAGUCCGGAUGAGGACAAAUCUUCCGAUUUUUAAACUGAAGGACUCGUGUGUCAGACGAAGAUACAGCGACUUCGAGUGGCUGAAGAAUGAGCUGGAAAGAGACAGCAAGAUUGUUGUGCCACCAUUGCCUGGAAAGGCAUUGAAGAGACAGCUCCCCUUCCGUGGAGAUGAGGGUAUUUUUGAGGAGUCCUUCAUUGAGGAGAGACGAUCUGGGCUUGAACAGUUCAUCAACAGAAUUGCAGGUCAUCCUUUGGCCCAGAACGAACGCUGUCUUCACAUGUUCCUGCAGGAUGAAAGUAUUGACCGGAACUACAUUCCCGGAAAAGUGUGAAUAAAGUUUUGGUAAACCCCCUCCCUGUCCUGGACCCAUCUGCUCUACCAGCUCUUUUCUGCACAUCAGUCAAAGCCUUUCACAGCUGCUGUCCAUGAUACCCUGUACAUAUUUCUGUUCUCGGAUAGAACUUAACUACAACAUCUAUUUCUCCCUGAGGAUGAACUCAACUUUAUGCUGUAUUUAAACCUCAUGCACUCAUUUUGUGGAAACAUGCUCUUUUUUUUUUUUUUUUGCCUGAUUUUUAAACAAAUAUGUUACUUUAAAAAUAGUAUUGUGUGUAUUCUGAUUUAAACCUUUCAGGCCACCCGCCCAUUUUUCUCUUUAGUAAAUAAAUAAAAAGGAGAUUUUGGUCAGGCCGCUUUGACAUUCCUCAGUGUAUUCUAAAUUAAAAGUCUAAUGAGAUUCAUUUGAUUUAAAGCAACAGCUUCGAUCCUAAAGACGAGUGACAUCACGUUGAGUAGUUCCAUCUAAAAUCCAGAGAACAAUUUUUAUCAAACUAACUCGCCAAAUGUAGCACUUAAGAAACUAAAACUGGGAUUGGCUCUCGACAACGUCUUCCUUUACAUUCCAUAUAUCAUUUGUAUCAUUUUGAUUAAAUAUGUUAUAAUAACAAGGCUUUUGCAACAAUUUGAAUUGUAUUUUCCUUUGUUUAUUACAGUGUAACGAGUCAAGCUUUGGGAAUGUAUAUAUUCAAUCACUGUGAAAAAACUGAAUUUCAUUAUGACAAAAUGUGUUACAUCUGCUGUUAUGUUUUAUAUAUGCCAUCUCUCAAAAUGAAUUGUUUUAUUUUCUGGCUCUUUCCAUUCUGGUUAUUUUCAGGACUGUGUGUAAAGAAAAGGGCACUAAUUGAUUUUUAAACCGACAGCCAUCCUUUCUACCCAUGAAUAAACGCUAUCUGUCUCAUUCAA